GACUUAAAUGCAAUGUCAAUACUUCAGCUGCCUAAUGCCUCUCCUCUGAACUUGUGCUUUCUUUAAUGUCUGCUUCCCCAUUCAGAAUAGUCCCGAGGCCAGUGGGUGGAUGCUCACUUGAAAGGUGACAGAGCCCAUUCAAAUCCCUUCUCCCCCACAGGAGAAGGGGGGACUUGAACUGGGGGGUCUCCCAUUGCAUGGGUGAGUCCCCUAUUCACCAGGCUAACAGUUAUAGGGAGCUGUGCCUCUUCCCUCCCCUGGCUGUUUUGUCUGAGGGUCCCAAUGCGGUAGGUGGUCUCUUUGCCUGCUGGAUGGGGCCCCUGCAUGCCACAUAGGCAGACGAACUCCCAUCUUUCCUCGCUUGUGACUUGAGCUGGGGCUGGGGUGGGAGGCAGGAGUCUGGCACCUAGCAGGCUGCAGCAGCGUGCAUGCCCCAAGGAAGAAAGGUAGGUGCUGAGUGAGCUGAGGCAGCAGCCGAGCAGAUCAGUGGAUCACAGAGGUACCUAAUGAUGGGACUUGGGCACCAAGGCACCUUCCUGCAUCGCUCAGAACAACCGUUUCCUGGGCAACGCCUGUCCCAACAUUCCAUGGCCGGGCAGAGCCUGGGGUUCUCCUGGGGGCAGCUGAGUGACCCUUUGGGUGCAAGCGAAGGACCAGCGUGAAACCGCAGGGUCCUCCUGCCGAUGCUGGGCCAUGGCCACGCUCUCUCUCUUCCUCGAUGUCCCGCUUGUGAGGGAAGCGGACCGGCUCCUGGAUGCCUACUGGGAGGAUCCAUCCCCUGACAAGGUGUACCUUGACCACUGGGACUGCCAGACUGAAACUGGCAAAGCGUGGGUCUGCCCAACCGUGAGACAGAUCCUGCUGCAGAUCUCCAACGACCCAACCCUGGACCACGAGUACCUCCCGGUGCUUGGGUUCCCUGAGUUCACCAGGGCAGCUACCAAGCUGGCACUUGGCAUGGAGAGCCGGGCUGUGAUUGAGAACAGGGCAGGUGGCGUUCACACAGUAGGAGGGACGGGAGCUGUUCGAAUUGGAGCCGAAUUCCUCCGGCGCUGGUACAAUAGAAGUAACCCGAGUCCCAUAACAGUUUAUAUUGCCUUGCCGCAGUGGGACAGCCUCCGGUGUAUAUUCCAAGAUGCCGGCUUUACAGAGAUCCGGCCAUACCAUUACUGGGACACUGUGAGGCUGGCUGUAGCCAUAGAAGACUUCCUGGAGGUGCUGGAGAGUGCCCCGGACUGCUCCAUAGUUUUGCUGCAUGCUCCCGAGGAAACCGGCCUGACUCCCAAGCAGUGGGAAGAAGUUGCCAGGGUCAUGGGGAGGAAGCGCCUCUUCCCCUUCUUUGACGUCCCAGCUCAGGGGCUGGCCUCCGGAGACCUGGACAGAGACGCCUGGGCUUUGCGACACUUUGUGGCCCAAGGGUUUGAGCUCUUCUGUGCCCAAUCCUUCUCGAAAACCUUCGGCUUAUACAAUGAGCGGGUGGGGAACCUGAUUGUGGUGGCGAGGGACAACGAGACGCUGCUGGGAAUCCGCUCCCAGCUGCAGAAGCAAGUGAUGGGGAUGUGGUACACUCCUGCUAAUUUAGGAGCCCGGGUCAUCGCCACGGUGCUGAACAAUCCAGCCCUGCUGAGCAAGUGGAAGCAGAGUCUCCGGACGCUGGCGGAGAGGAUCAUGCUGAUCCGGGAGAAGCUGAAGGAGAAGCUGCGGAUUCUCGGUACGCCUGGCUGCUGGGAGCACCUCACGGCCCAGUCAGGGACACGCAGCUUCACCGGGCUGCUCCCAUCCCAGGUGGCUUUCCUAGAAAAGCAUAAACACAUCUAUCUUCUCGGGAGCAGCCAGGUCAGUGUCUGCAGCAUCAACUCGCACAACCUGGAUUACGUGGCCCAGAGCAUCAACGAGGCCGUAAGCGGCAGGGCAGGCAGGACGCAAGGCCUGAGCUGGGCAGAGAUGGAGUGA